UUUGCUUCGUGCACGUGGUGCAUAUCAAACAUGUCAGGUCCGCCAGAAGAAAGUCUCAGGACACUAGUGCUGACCAAACAACGGGAAAAGGAAGCUGCCGAAAUCCAACGCCAGAAGGAGGCAAUCACGAAGGAUUCACAAAGAGAUCACACUGUUGACCGAUUUGUUGGAGUCACGGAAAACUUGGACGAGCGUCUGAUCAAAACGACGAUUGGACUCGUUUCCCUGUCCGAGUUUCAAAAGACAAAAAGCGACCUAGAAGAAGCUCAGAGGAAGCUUGCUGCGCAAGUCAAGACUGACAAACCUAAUUCCAAUCAAAAGGUCAAAAAAGCGAAGAAGAAAAACAGGUCAAAACUGUCUUUUGAUGAUGAGGAAGGGGAAGAUGAUACCGGACUGGCAGAAUCCUCUGUGGACAAGCGAGGUCGAGAUGAAGAAGGUGAACCGGACCAGACCCCCAAGAAGAAAUCAUUUAAGAACCCUGGUGUAGAUACAUCAUUCUUGCCGGACAGGAACCGUGAACUGGAAGAGGCGCAAGAGCGAGAGAGAUUGCGGAAAGAGUGGCUUGCGCAGCAGGAGAAAACGAAGAAUGAGACCAUAGAGAUAACCUACUCCUUCUGGGAUGGUAGCGGACAUCGGAAGUCAGUGGAGUGUAAAAAGGGCGACGAUAUCGCGAGUUUCCUCAACAAAUGUCGUCAACAGUUUCCUGAACUGCGUGGCACAAGCGUAGAGAAUUUGAUGUACAUCAAAGAAGACCUUAUAAUCCCGCACCACUAUACAUUCUACGACUUCAUUAUCAACAAGGCAAGAGGAAAGUCUGGCCCCCUAUUCAAUUUUGACGUGCAUGAUGACGUCCGAAUGGUAUCGGACGCGACGGUCGAAAAAGAUGAAUCUCAUGCUGGAAAGGUGGUUGAACGAUCGUGGUAUAACCGGUAUAAACACAUCUUUCCAGCUUCCAGAUGGGAGGUAUACGACCCAGACAAAGAGUACGGUUCAUAUCGCAUUGCGUAGCCCCCUCUGAUCGUCUGUGUCAUUUGAAACUGUAUGUAAAGUAUGCGGGAAUACACAUAUAUGUGGGCAACCGACGCUAGUCUUCCAGCAGCGCAGCGGAGAUCAUGGACAUCACUGAGGACCGUACGAAGUACAAUCGGGCACAUUUUGCCUCGUUUGUCAAGUACUUGUAGGCGUUCGCAGCUUUCUCAAGUGCGCCCACGGGAGUCCGAUUAGUCGCGCGUAGACAACAAAGUGCAGGUACAACUACCGUUCUAUCAGCUGAACUCAAGCACAAAGUGAAGUCUAGUCUAGUAUGGCGCGUGAAAUUCAAUCUGUUAGAAUGAAUAAGAGCAAGCUUAUUAACAGCGUAACUUUAUUUUACUUAUUUGGAUCAAAUCAAAAUUCA